CUGGAAACUAACUUUGGAUUCCCCCGCAGAAAACCGCAGAUAAGUUUUCGCGCAAAAUUUGGAAUCAUGGCGGUGAAAAUGUUUUGAAUGAUUUCUGCCUAGGAAGAAUAGAAAUGACGCAGUCGAUUAUCGUGCAAGUUGGCCAAUGUGGAAACCAGAUUGGAUGCAGAUUCUGGGAUCUAGCUUUAAGGGAACAUGCUCAUACAAAUAAGACAGGUAUAUAUGAUGAGGCCAUCAGUAGUUUCUUCAGAAAUGUUGAUACAAGGGGUGGUGACAUAAAAGAGCUUCAAGUUGGAGAUGGCAAAGGGAAGAUCAGAAGCCUCAAAGCUAGAGCAGUUCUCAUCGACAUGGAAGACAGUGUUGUCAAUGAAAUAUUACAAGGAUCGUUACGAGAUGUUUUUGACAACCGACAGUUCAUUACAGACGUGUAUGGAUCCGGAAACAAUUGGGCUGUGGGGCAUUUCGAGUAUGGUCACAGAUACAGAGACGAAAUUGCCAAUCUCAUUAGACGUGCUGCUGAAACUUGCGAUUGUCUACAAUGUUUCUUUUGCAUUCACUCGAUGGGUGGUGGAACUGGGUCUGGUCUUGGUACUUAUGUGCUACGCCUUUUAGAGGACGAAUUCCCAGAUGUGUACCGAUUUAGUACUGUAGUUUAUCCUUCUGAAGAUGAUGACGUCAUAACGUCACCGUACAACAGCGUUCUGGCUAUGCGACAGCUCACAGAUGGUGCAGACUGUGUCAUACCAAUAGAGAAUCAGGCGCUCACUGACAUCGUCAAGAAGAUAGAAUCCAGCCUGCCUCCGCAGAGGUCAGGUAAGCGCGUUAACAUUGCGACAACCCGUACUACUGGAUCAGGGGUAAAGCCGUUAAGUGCUGUCACUUCUAGUGAAGGAAGUGCUGGAAGGAGUUCUGAAAAGCCGUUUGAUGGCUUGAAUAACAUCGUAGCCAACCUUAUACUUAAUAUCACAAGCUCAUCGCGUUUUGAAGGUUCCUUAAACGUCGAUUUGAAUGAAAUAACGAUGAACUUAGUACCUUUUCCGAAACUGCAUUAUCUAGUGUCAAGUAUGACACCGUUAUAUGCCUUAGCUGAUGUUAAUAUUCCUGCUAGAAGGCUAGACCAAAUGUUCACCGAUGCUUUUUCUAAAGACAAUCAGCUUCUGCGGGUGAAUCCGCGGAAAGAAUUAUAUCUCGCGUGUGGUAUGAUAGUGCGCGGAAAAGUCGAGAUAUCUGACUUGAGACGUAACAUUGACCGUCUUCGAUCAUCGUUAAAUUUUGUACAUUGGAAUCAGGAGGGCUGGAAAACGGGCCUAUGCUCGGUUCCACCGGUUGGUCACCAGUACUCAAUGUUGACAUUGGCAAAUAACACAUGUGUAAGGGAACCUUUUAUGGACAUGAAGAGCAGAUUUCUGAAACUCUACAAACGUAAAGCUCAUGUGCAUCAUUAUAGGAAUAUAAACGGAUUUGAAGACAAUGUCUUUGAGGAAAGUUUGGAGUCAUUAAACUGGUUGAUCUCUGAAUAUGAAAGAUUUUCUGGUACCAAGGAUUCACAAGUGCUGCCAGCUCAGCGACUCAAAGUUGCUCGCUAGUGUCUCAAGAUUUGAGUUGCCAGGAUAACAGCAAAAAUGAAGUAGCGAAAUGGUUUCUUGUGUUGCUUUGUGCUUAUUGCAUGAAUACUUCUCGCAUGUUAUCCAGAAUCUGCACAACAGUUUCUUUCUGGACUUGUUUCAUCAAUAUCAGCAGUAAAUGUGAUGAUUUUGUUAUUUUUAUCGAGAGAAAUGUUACUUGCUAGCACAAAAUGCUCAGAAUUUGCGCUACCUGGGUGAAAAGACUCUCGGCUGCAGAUUUUAUCGCAGAAUGAACGAGGACAGUAAAAAAAGCAAAGGUAUAUGUUUUAUUACUGAAUGUACGAGGACAGUAAAAGAGCAAACGUUUCUGUUUUCAGAGGCAGCAACGCAACUCACCUGGUAUUUUGGCAUCUAAGAUUUGCCGAAUAUUUCAUAUAGGCCGUGGUUCACAAUGGCUAUUAAUGCAUGUGUCUCUUUUUGUUCAACAGCAACAUGUUAAUAUAUACGAAUUGUAUGCCCUGAUGUGAACCCACCUUGUUAUAAAGUAAGCAUCGAAUCGGUUCACAAGUUAUCAAAAGAUAACAAUUUUUUGAAUACCACAUUGAAAAAAUGUACUGUUCUAGUAAUAUUGGUUCUGAAGGAAUCAAUAUAUUUGAAAAUGUAGAAUUAAAGACGGUUGAAAAGUAUGUUCAAAUUUUUUUAAUGUUUUGUGUUCUUGUUUACGGAAGCUGUAAAAAACAGUGAAAAAAGUGAGUGGUCCCUUCCUUUCAAUGUUUAGAAUAUUCCUAGGAAAAAUUUCUUAUCACAACUUGUUUUGAAAAUAUUUCAUCAAAAAGACAAAUGUGACGUAGAGUCUGUGGACUUAUCUUGAUCUUUUCCCAAAUUGUUAAUCCUGAUUUCCAUUUUUCAUUUUAAAAGACAAUGAAAUAUUAUGCAUAAGAUGCACACAAAAAACCUUUCAAAAUCGUAGUCUAGAAAGAGAUUAAGUCACAAGAUAUAUUCGGCUAAGAGGCAUUUGUACAAUAAUGCGAUGUUUAAGAUUUUAUAAAGUUGUGAAAGACACGACGUCUCCGCUUUGAAGUUGUCUGUUCAUUAGGAAGAAAACUGCAAUUUCGCUAUUGAUCUACGGAAAGUGUAAUUACAGAACACGCUUGACAGACCAUUAUGACUCGAUUCAAGUACAUUUCAAGUUUAAGUUUGUCCUGCUAACUAAAUGAAUUCCUUCACUUAGCCUCACUGCGUCUCUGGCGCAGGUAAACUUCGGUAUCGAAAAAAGUUGAUAUAGGGGGCUAGGGUCCAAUUCUACUUGACAUGGCUCCAAAUAGAACUUUUCAAAUCUGCAUGCGUGGGAUCGUUGAAACAAAAAACAGAUCAGUCUGUGAGUCAUUUACGAGCUUAUCGUUUGUAGGAAUAAAAAUAAACAGUACUACGCUUCAAAUGUUAUUAAAAUGAUCCAGAGACGAAUAUUGGCGGAAUGUUUUGUAAUUACAAUAUUCUACUUUACCUAUACAUAUUAUCUAAAGAACGUUUACGAAACUGGGACUGAAUAACUAUUGACAUGGAUUUAUCGGGAAAAGCUCAACCAAAAAUUUAAACAGGGAGCAUCAGCGGACUGGCAAAAAAUAUGGGACAAAUGAAAACUUCAGUGUAAAAGCGCAAAAGUGGUGUAGUGGAGAGAGAUCAACUUUUAUCUAAGAGAUAAAGUUGCAUAUCAUUUAGAUACAAUAGCAUUUCCAUGAGAUGGUGUAAAUGAUAACACAUGUUGUGAUCGUGUACGUUAAAUUCCCCAGAAUCAUAAAUUUUUUUCGAAUCAUGCAUAUAUUGUCAACAUUUUGCGGAAACGGGGGUGCUUACUUUUAUUAUCUUUUCUCUAUUCAAUCUUUAUUCAUGAGUAGGGGCUGAUUUAAGGUAGCUUUGAUAAGAUGCUAAAGUUUACAUGGUUCUGUAUGUUAUAAUUAUGAUGUAAGUUUAUGCUACCGGUCGUUAACGUGUGCUGUAAAUUGGGUAAUACAACGUCACUUAAUAACAUUUAUUAGAUGGGGCAUAUAUUAACAUAAUUGUCUUUUGAUAAGAGGAUAGGGCUGAUAUUAAUAUAAUUGUGUUUUGAUAAAGGUCUUUUUUUGUAGCGUCUAUCCCCUUCCCCACUGUCCCAUUCAAAUAAACAAUUAUCCCUCUCUCCUUACUGCUAGUUAUGCAUAAGUGUCAAAAUAUAUUCAGCAAAAAAUAAAUGUAUUUACAAUUUUGAAAAAAUAUAGCAUACUUAACUACAAACUACAUUAAAAACUAAAUAUUCCUCUAGCGGUUUAAAGUCGAAUAACGGUAAAUACUACACAAUAGCAAAAGGCUACUAAAAUGAAGUCUAGUCAAGGUGUAAUAAAACUAGAUAUUGCAUUUAUCUUCUUUUAAAAAUAAAGGUGACGCAGAAAAAAUGUAUGUUUUAACUGUUCAUACUCUACCAUCUCAAGACCUACACGCCCAAACCAUAUUGACAGUUAAGCAAAACUAACAAAAGGGAAGCCAAACGUAGCGAAAUGACACAUACAUAUUACAGUCAUAGCAGCAUUCGAUCCUGCUUACCCUAUUUGUGUGCAUCAACGAUGAACACCCACUUUUUGCCUAGCGACAUUUUCAACGAUUCAAGUCAGUGAUAUGGUCGAUACAGAAUUAGCGGGAGGAAGGCUACUUUUUGCCUCGAUUGGGAAUUUGGAGAUACCACAAAGAAUCGCAAAUGAAAUAAAUUGAAGAUAGAAGAGAACAGUCUUAACUACUACAAAAUUGAACAUAUCACAAAAUAUGUGGUAGAUGUUGCUCAGUCUUUGAUGAGAUAUCGGGGUUAACUCGUAUUAACCGCGAAUAUUGCUCGCAAACUUUAUUAUCAAACUAAGCUUCCAGAAGUACAUUUCUAUGAAAAAUUUGCAUAAUCGAAGCAAACUGAAAACUGCUGCAUCUACGGAUGUUAUGUUAAUAACUAGGGGACAAAGCUGUUUUGAUGUCUCCCUCUAUCGUGGGGGAUUCCGCAAUGCCAGUAGACCCAACCAGAGAACCAAGAGUAUGUAUUAAUGAACCACAUCAGCUCUCAGUGGAACGCGAUCCCAGCUACAAAUGCACGUCAAAAGAGUUAUUUUUACUUCCAUCAGGGAAGUCGUUGAUAUCAAGAUAGUCAUCUUCGUUGCGUUUGUAUAGCUUCUGUUGUUUGACUGCCGCGGAAUGGUUAACAGUCCUGGCUUUCAUUGAGCAUUCCCCGAUUUCUUCAUAUUCGUCUGUCUGGACACGUUUUUGCGACGAUUUUUCAACGACAAUUGUCUCGUAUUCAUUACCUUUAUCUUGAUUCGUUUGCCCAGUUGACUCAUUCACGGUAAUAUCCUCAUAGUCAUCAGCUGGUGGCUGUUUUCGAGAUUUCUUUUCGUUCUUUGUCAAUGGCCUGAUCGCCUGAAACAUCGCCAUAUUUUUCUGUUCGUCAAUUUCCUCGCUAGGAUCCUCCGUCUCUAGAAUAUUUUGAAAGAAUGUUUAAAACCUGGGCCCAAGCCGUUAUGUACUAUCAGUUCAAAUAGGCCCACGCCAUUAUAUACUAUCAUUUCAUGUUCAACCUGCUCGUAACUACAGCAGUACAGCUGUUCACUGAAAACCAAAUAGCUCUACAAAUAUGACUAAACGGAUGCGUAAAAUCCUACCUGAAGUCUUGGAACGCUAACAUAAGCAUUCAAGACCAAAUUCAGCCACCCUGCUCCUUCUAGGAACCACGUUGGUUUAUUAUAAAGCGACGUAAGAGAUAUGGAAGUGUGAUUUGUAUGAUAUUGACUGAACUAUCAAAUUCUAAUAUUUGGGAAAGAAAUGACAAAUGUAAAGAUACAAUGUCAAUUGCUUGGUGUCGUAAGUUCCUUUGACAGUCAUAGUAUGUUAGAAUCAUUAUAUAGAGGUCCUCCGUGAAUUGUUAGUGAUAAAGAAAGCAUGGAUGAAAUCAUGGAUGAAAAAAGAAAAGGAGCCAAAAAUGGAGACAGCAGAAGAUAACAUGACACAUAAUGUAAACAAUCCAGAUUUUGAAUCGUUUUUCAUAAAAAGGGAUUAUCAUGUCUCAACCUCUCUUCACAGAAUAGUUUUUCAGUGUUUUGAUGCAAUGCGGAAGUGUAUUUGUGUGCUCUUACCUUCAAUUUUCGUGUAAUGGCCAUCUUCAUAUUCAUUCUUAAUCUCCACAACAUCGUCAUCAUAGUAAAAUUUCUUCACACCCGUUUUCUCUUUGUUGACUGUUGCAUACAAAGCCCUCUUUGCUGCAUCAUCGCGCUUUCUAUUCAAAUCAACUUUAGCAUACAAAUCUUCAAUGUUAGUAGGUUUUUCAUCUACAAUAUCUUCUUUAGUUUCGGCUAGAAAAGGGGCGCCUUCAGGCAUCAGGCUAUCACCCGCAUUAGUAUCACUUUCCUCAUCCUUUUCACCAUUACAAGUGCGUUUCGCAUUUGUCGAUAUGGUAGUCCGUCUUAUAAACACUUCAAUCUUCUGUGCUUCCUCUUCCUUACCCUUUUCCCCACCAUUUGGUUCCGUGACCUCCUUUUUCUUUACUUUGGCAUAUUUUGGAUCUUUUGAUUCGUCAGUACGACGAGACGAAAUUUCAUUGGAGAGGACAGUCUCACUUGAAAUACAUUCGUAGUUCUCUUCUACAUCACCAUCUGCAGGGAAAGUGGGCGCAACAUCAGGCUUUGGGGGCUUUGGAACUUCGCGAUGGGCCAUCCUUGGGGAGCUGGCAGAGUCUGAUCGCCAUUUUGGACUUACUUGUUGAGUUGGGCUUAUUUUGGCACUGACGAUGCCUCUAUCGGGUAUCUCGUAAACGGCAUCUUCUGUGUUACCGGCAUUAUCACUGGUGUACAAAUUUGGCACAGCAGCUGGAGGCCUUUUUGCUUUAAAAGAAGAAUAUAGCGAUAAAAAGUAAAAAGGUACUGACUUAAACGUUAGAAGGACAUACAGUGUAUAUUGUCAGUGAAAGUGAUGCAUAUUAAGUACAUUGGAAUCUUUGAUAUUAUAUUUAUUGUUCAUUUAUAUCUAUUUUACAUGUCCAGAAAAUCACCCCAAUACGAUAGUAAAAAUUGUAUUCAAAUUAUAAUGAAAAUCAUUUUAUCUUUUUUCUUUUUAUAUUUUCUCAACUAAAAAUUCAUAUUUUUAUAAAAGAUACUUCGAAUUAUUUUUCAAAUUAUAAUGUUUGUGCUCUCCGUGCCAUCUUCAAAAAUGUUGUUUCCUUUAUACUACCGAAGUUGAUACCAGAACGGGAAAGCGAUGGCAUUGUGCUAUAGACUUUAUCACCUGUUUGUAAUAACGCUUUAAAUCAUUCUCAAUGCUUUAUCUAUUAAAAGAGCUUCCGAUCCUCGUUUCUCCGAAUCUUUUGGUUCUUAAAUAUCCUUACAGAAGUACUGAGAAUCCAAUUUUAAUGAGCAAGCUACUUCAAGACGCUUAUUUUAUAAAGCUAAAGUUUUAUUUUACAAAGUCACCACCUGAUUACUAGGCCUAUUACAUAGCCUUUUCGAAGGAAAAUUAGCUGCGAUGGACAAGCUUCUGUUUAUAUAAUGAGAAGGAUAAUUUCAAGUUGAUUGAACAGAUUUACCUUGUUCCCCAGAAGGUUGGGCCACAAUUAAAUCUCCCUCGUGGUACGUCCUUCUUUUCUCUACUUUCAGUCUUAGAUUUUCCAUUGGAGGAAGAGGCGGUAGAAGUUCUCCGCGUCCACUAGCAGUUCGUCUGUGUCCUUCAAUCACCUGAUCUUUAUGACUCUCGGUCUCCAGCUUUGUUAAAUUUUCAUUGGAGCCCUUCAGGUUAGACUUUCUACGUUCUGCCGGACUCUCAGGGUGGAGUUUCUCUUUUUGGGUUUUAGUUUUAUUUCGCUUGAUUAAAGAAAACCGAGUUAGACCCCAUUUCUUCUUUGGUUCAUCGUGGUUGUCCUCUCCGCUUUCGUGAGUCUUUUCUUUCCCAUCAGUACUGUCUGUUUUCACCUGACUACCGGCAAUUGUAGGAUUUUCCUUCUGGGAGUCGCUGACAGCCUCGUAAAUUCCACUUGCUCCGGAAUCUUCCACUGCAAAAAGGACCGGAUCUAAAUCCUGCUGUUUAUUCAUGUCGAAAACCUCAUAUUCUGACUUCGGUACAUUUUCUGUUGCAACAUUCUUUUUAUAACUUGUUCUUGUUAAUUUUCCAUCAAUCAUUUCAUAUUUUGUUUCUUUGUCUGCGAUUUCAACAACACUGUAAGCACAUUCUGGCUUGGUCUCUGCCGGUUUCACUUUAGUGUAAAGUUCUUCCCCACUUCCACUGGUUUCAUAACUCCCUUCUACUAUUUUUGAGCUCUGUUUUUGAGAGCCAUUGCUAACUGGUUGAUUUUGUCGUGGUAGUGAGGCCGAUUUGGACUUUGCUACUUCAUUUGAAGCUUGUACAUUAUCAAUAUUUUCAGCCAUCGUACUUUUUCCUUGGCUGUUCACUAAAUGAGCGCUUUCACAGUCUUUUGAAUUUCUUGGUAACAAAGGCGUAGGUUGUUUCGGACGAUCUCCGAUUUCUAUAGAGCUUGACGCAUUGGAUUUCAGUGUCGAAGACUUGUUCCCGUCAUCGCUAGGGUCGAUUUGGACUGUUACUGUACAGUCUUCUGGCUGCAGAGGAAUUCAAGAGCAUAAGGAGAGCAUAUUCAGAUGGAUGUAAAACAUCAGUUUCGUUAAAAAUCCUGUAGGUUAAACGGGGGCAAUUUGGAACAAUUUCUAGGUUUUUCUCCUACCACUGCUCCAUCACAGCUAAUAGAAUACCGAAUAAGCUUUUUAUAUACAUUUAGAUAGCAAUGAAUUAAUAUUGAAGAAUAUUUGUUUUCUAUAUUCCUUUUUCGGCAAUAUACCUUACUUUUAAGAUUGCCAGGAGGGGUAAUUUGGGACAUACACAUUUCAUUAUUGCAAAUAACAUAAACUUAGAGGCACCAGAGAAACUGGAUCAAAAGAUACCAUGUUUGCUAAAAUUUCACCUCAAUGUCUUAAAUCAUAACAAUUUUAAAAGUAUAGGUUAUCUUCUAACAAUAGUAAAUUUCCCAAAUUGUGGGUGUCCCAAAUUACCCCCAGCUUACCCUACCUACAGGUAGAACAGACUCUAUGUCAAAAGUAAGUAAAACAGACUUUAUGUGAGACCUCCAAAAAUAGGAUCUUCUCAUUAAAGUAAACACGAAUAUAUCCUAUCAAUGAACAUUUCCAAUUAAAGGACACCGUGCAUUAACAGAUACCCCAACUAUCAAACACUUAAAUUGAUGGAUUCCUGGAAUUUAAAAAACCUUCAAUUAAUGCACACCUACCAACAGGGAAUUUGUGUUGUUUCUAUUUCCCAAACAUAUCUGUUAUUUAGCUAGGUAAAAAUACCUCGAGUUAAAUAGAGGUGAUGCAAAAACUGGUAUUUCUAAAUACAAUAUAAAGCCUACAUCUUCAAGGUAUUCUUAUUAUUUAUGAACACUUGGAAAGCAUUGUUCAGUACUACUUGCCUUCAGCCCGUUAAUUUUUUGCUCAGGGGUAACCAGUGGAGCCACUUUUUCAUAAGGUCCUUCAGUCUGGAGAUCUUCAUUAUCGCUGAAAAAAAUGUUCAUGAAUUAAAAUCAAUCUUGAAGAAACAAAACCAAUUUGUCAAAAAACAAAAUUGUAGUGUUCUUCCUGAUACACAAACUCAGUAAAGCUUGUAAAGUGGGCAUUGACCAGCUUCGAACUUUGCUAAAUCUGCAAUUUGAAUUUUAUCCUUUCAGAAUUUACCUGAAAUCUUGGCAGCAAAUUUGGUUUCUGUUCCCUAGCGAGUCACUAGAUGUGAAAACAGCUCAGUGCUUAUGGUCAUGUAGUCUGUGGUUUGAGUCACUAACAUUAUGGAGCUUUCACUUAGACUGAGAUAUCAAGAUAAGAGAUCUCAUUUUCCGGUUAUCUGCAAAUGUCAUGCCAAAAAAUUAUAAAAACUGAAUUUAUAAAAACUCACAGGUCCUUAUUGUCUUUCUUCUUGGCAUCUCCACAUUGAAUUAAGACCAAAACCAAUAAUAAAACAAAAAUCACACCAAGAGCUGGACCUCCAAUGACAAUUACUGAGAGGUUGGCAGCCAUUGCUGUCCUAGAAAGAAUGUUUUAUGUUACCAAGCGCAUUGUCAUAUGAAUAACUAAAUUAAAAAGAGUCAUCUGAACUCUUGUAACAUUUCAAAGGCCAUGAUAUUGUAAAAUUCAAAAGCAAAAAAGGUAAUUUAUCAUAUAUCAUAGUUUGGUCAUGGAGAAUACCUGAAGCAUUGAUGAAUUUCUAAUAAGCAUUUAAAUGGGGGAAGUACAUAACACUUUCUAUUCUUCAAAGCUAUGAAAAUUUGCAAUUAAAUCUAGCCCACCCCUGGUAGCCCACAUGGAGAACUAUUAAAUAUUAUGGUAUGUUGAAUUGUUGACCCUGUUUUUCAAACAUUUCAACCCAUAAGAAGCCAGCACCAUAAUCACCAAAAGAACAGCAUAUAAAAUUGUGCAAGGCAUAUGAGCAUGGUUUUCGGAUGUAGUCUUCUUGACUGCUUCUGAAACCCAUGCUCAUUUUAUGUUCUGUACAAUUAUAUUGUGCCUUUUUUCCACUCUCCUCUGUGUCAGGCAUGGAUGUAUUUUGUAGUUAUCCAUAUUAGUUUAUUGUCAUGUAUUUUGAUUGUUUUCGUUAAUUUAGGUGAUUCAAAUGCAUAUAUAUAUUUGUAUUAUGUAUUUAGUUACAAUUGUCAAUGAAAACUGAAUAUGAAAAUGUGUCAAUUCUAAAAGACCCCAACAAAUUUUUGCAAAAGAUUAAUAUUUGUUAAUUUUGCAGUUUGCAUAUCAUCUGCUUGUUGGCAAAUCCACUUUUGACAGCUAAUUUAUAACCUCGAAAAAUCCUUAACCAUUAAAAUCUCUUAUUUUUACUUCUAGAAACACACUUGUUCCAUGAUUUCUCAUCAAUUUGGAAAACACUGAAAUUCAAAAGUUAAAUUUGAAUGAAUGAUACCAUUGGAUAAAUGAUACCGCCAUCUAAAAUUCAAAGUAACAGCUUUUCUGGUGAAAGAUGGGGCAAAAGCAGAAGGUUAUUGAAUGGUUUAACAGACAGACAAUACAGUAAAAAAGCAUUGGCCAAAUCAAACAUGUUGUCAAUCACAGCUGAAGCUAGGAAACCUGACCUGAGGCGGACAAGCCCCAUGCAGGAAAUCCGGCAUUUCUAACUGCAUAAUGUCAUUUAUUGUAUUCAGAUGUCACAAACACAGCUUGUUGAUGACAUAAUCCCUCAAUUUAUCAAACAAGUAGCGCUGCCAGUCGCUAAACCCGCAGAUCGAACGGACCAGUCACCCAGGAAAGGUGAUAGCUGGUCAAUUGCUACGAGAUGAAGCUUUUAAUAUUACUCAUACUCGGCUUAGCCGUUUCCAUUCACGGUGAGACAGUUGAUGAGGCGAACACGGCUUUAGAUGAACCUGAAGAAAGCGAUGCCUUUGAAAACGAUGAUGACUUCAACGAGGAUGAUCUCGAGGCACUUGCUGAUCCCGAUGAACUCGAAGCUUUAGAGGAAGCCGAUGUGGAGGAGAAGGAUCCAUUCGUCGUCCAGUCCAUCCAGUAUUAUUGCAGGUUCUGCAAGAUCUGCAGUGCUUGCAAGAGAGCAAGGAAAUGCUCUGGCGGUCUCAUGAAAAAGGCCUGCAAAUACUGCAAGUAUUGCAACCCAAGAACCUACUGGGAUCUUGUUAGGCGAGUUCGUAUACGCAUAAGACUGCGACGCAUCAGAUUGAGAAGAUGGGGAGGCAGACGCAGACGUAGACGCAGACGCCGGGGUUAAACUGUGUAGCUUGUCAUUGCGAACACCUUGAAAUGCUUUUGACUUGAUCACUCAUGUUUCGUUUAAAGUUUACAUAUUUUAAAUAAUCGUGUGCUAUGGAA